AUGUUACUCCUCUUCUGUCAUGUUGCAUCCACAGUGAAAUACUCCUUGACGUUUUCCGUCACUGUGUCUUCUGGAGUACCAAAUAUCCCACAUUAUAUCGGCAUAUUAAACAUUGAUGAAGUUCAGAUGACUUACUUGGACAGCAACAUCAAAAGAUCACAACCCAGACAGGACUGGGUGAAAAAAUUAAUGGAAGAUGAUCCACAACACUGGGAAAUUAACACUCAGAACUUCUUUCAGUAUCAGCAGCUCUUCAAAGUUGAAAGUGACACUUUUAAACAGAGCUUAAACCAAACUGCAGGUGUCCAAAUUGACCAGCUGAUGUUUGGCUGUGAAUGGGAUGAUGAGACAGAAAAGGUUGAUGGUCAUAAAAAGUAUGGUUAUAAUGGAGAAGACGUCCUUACAUUUGACCCAAAGACAGAGACUUGGAUCACUGCAACACCACAGGCUGCAAUAGCUAAACAGAAGUGGGAUGGAAAUAAAGCUAGUAAUGGCUUUUGGAAGAACUUCCUCAUCACCAUUUGUCCUACAUGGUUGAAGAACUAUUUGAAAGUUGGGAAGAGAUUUCUGCAGCGCAAAGAGCUUCCCUCAGUGUCUCUCCUCCAGAAGACUCCCUCCUCUCCAGUCAGCUGCCACACUACAGGUUUCUACCCUCACAGAGCCGAUAUGUUCUGGAGUAAGGAUGAAGAGGAGCUUCAUGAGGACAUGGAACGCGGAGAGAUCCUUCCCAACCACGACGGAUCCUUCCAGAUGAGUGUUGACCUGAACCUUUCAUCAGUUACACCUGAAGAAUGGAGUAGGUACAAAUGUGUGUUUCAGCUGUCUGGUGUGAACGACAACAUCAUCACCAAACUGGACAAAGCAGUGAUCAGGACCAACUGGGGGAAAAAUGUGAUUAGAAAUGACAAAGAGAAGCCCAGUAACGUGACCAUCCCCAUCAUUGCUACACUGGUUGUUCUUGCUGCUGUCAUCAUUGCUGUUACUGGAUUCAUAGUUUACAAAAAGAAAAAAGCCAAAAGUCCUCCACCUUCCCCUGACAACAGCACUGAGCUGUCUGAGAAACUAAAUCCAGAAACCUGACUGACAAACACACAACCUUGCACACGGCGACAUCAUGGGACAAUGAAAUUGUAAAUGUUGUGAUGUGAAGUAUUCACAUCAAACUGCCUGAAGUUAUGAGCAAAGAAACUUUCUGUAAUUGUUUUGCUAUUCACUGUAAAA